AUGACUGUUGUCAUACUCAACAAACAUUUAUUGACUAGAAUAACCUUAAACACUUUUGGUAGAAAAAUUUUUUUACAACCUUUUAUUUAUUCCAAUUCAUAUACACGUUUAUACUCCACUAAGACAAAAACUAUUAAAAAAAAAGAUGAACUAGUUAAGAAGAAAGAGCAAAACAUUGUUAAUUUUGGAGAUUCAGAUGUAAUUAAGUGUACGAAGGACCAAUGGCUUUAUAAGCCGACAGCAAGGGAGAUAAAACUGUUUUUAGAUUCAAAACCGAUUCCUACCCGGCCUUUAGAUUUAGAAAACAGCGUGGUAGUUAAACUAGUUGAUUUGGCCAAAGAAGUUACUUCGCCAGUAAAAUCUUCAGUUUAUUUCAGCGAAUACGGAAUCAGAAAGGGUGAAACGUUAAAGCUGGUUAUGAUGUGGCUUUUAUUCACGUCGGUUUGUAUGUAUUUGGGAUUUUGGCAGUUGAAGCGAAAGAAGUGGAAGGAGCAGGUUAUAGUUUCUAGGCAGAAGGCACUUCAGGCACCUAAAAUUGUCAUUAAUUCACUUUCCGAUAUAAUUGAAAAUUCUAAAAAUGACCUUGAUGUUGAUGGAUUGUUCUAUAGAGUAGUUGAAGCACAUGGAGUUCUUGAUACUAAGCAACAGUUUUUAGUUGGACCUAGAAAGUCUCUAGUACAUGAGCAUGGAAAGGAAUUUGGAUUCAACGUCCUUUAUCCACUAAGAUUCAAAGAUGGUUCUUCAAUCUUAGUUAAUAUGGGAUGGCUAAAUUCUGAUGAGUUAUUUGAUAACAACAUUGGAUCUGAAUGGGUUACUGUUAGAGGUAUAUUGGUCUCUGGUGAGAUUACUGAGAAUUUAAUUCCUUCAAUAAAGUACAAAACUCUUGUUUUAAUUGAAAAAUUAGUACACAGUAUAACAGGCUCAAAAUUAGGCCUGACCAAGUCCAUUAAUAGGCCCUCUCAUUUAGUUUGUGAAGACUCUAGAAAAGUAUACAAGUACAUGGAUCCUCAGUCUAUAGGCCAGGAACUAUUUUCAAAGUGUCCCGAUAUUACUCAAAAAUACAUACUCAGCGUUUACGAUUCUUAUUUUGAUGAAGAUAAACCCUCACUUGAUGUCGAACAUGAAUCUAAUAACGAUAGUUUUCUCAAAAGACUACUGAACAAUACGAUAUUAAACUCUUCAGACAGCUCUAGUACAAAUAAGUAUCGUACUGGGCCUUAUAGAUUUAAAUUUCAGAGAAAACAAAAGAGUGAUUAUCUGCUUUUUUAUGCUGACCCUAGCACGCACUUCAACUAUGCCUUACAGUGGUUCCUCAUAGGUUUCUCAAUAACGGCGUUGUCUGUCUAUAAAUUUUUCAGAAUUAACAAAGUUUUAAAGAAUUUAAUUUUAAAAAAUUUAACUCCUUAA